CGCGUAUAGAUGGCAUCACAACCGGGAAAGUAAGGUUGACAGGAACUUUCAAAAAUUAAAAAAAGUGCGGUUAGCUCCACUCAUAUGAAACUUGAUUUAUGUUUGAGCAAUUAAAAUUCCGAUUAACGGGAAGAUAAAGGUAAUAGUGCUUUCGUCGUUCUUCGAAGGUGUUCGUCGUUCCAAUCUAAUAAUUAUAUCGCCCGACAUCUUUCAAUUUAGGUAUAUUAAAAAUGUCGGAAAAAUUUUCCCAUAUAAAAGAGACCUUGAACAAGUCGCUGAAAGACAACAGUAAACCCUGGACUCCACUUUUAACACAAAUUGAACAAAAUACCGGGGUGGACAGGUUGUACGUUUUCUUAGGUUCUUUGGGAUUCAUAGCAUUCUGGCUGAUUUGGGGCUUUGCAGCUCAGCUAGUAUGUAACUGUGUUGGCUUCAUUUACCCAGCAUACACCUCGAUAAAAGCCAUUGAAUCAAAGUCGCAGGAAGAUGAUACCAAAUGGCUCACAUAUUGGGUGGUAUUUGCCGUUUUCUCCAUAGUUGAAUUCUUUGCUGAUAUUAUUGUGGGCUGGUUCCCCUUAUAUUGGCUUGUGAAGUUCGUUUUUCUUGUGUGGUUAAUGGCCCCAGGCAGCUACAACGGAUCUGUGAUCGUGUACAACAGAAUCAUAAGGCCUUACUUCUUGAAACACCAUGCUGUCAUCGACAAUACGAUCAACAGCAUAAAAGAGAACGGUAAUUUUGCGAAUGGUAUCACGAGGAGUCCAACGUCAGAAAUGCGAUUGCUGUGGCCCGCCUCGCACAACAGAACUUUAUAGAGGUCGCUAAGCAUCCAAACUCUUAGAAGAAAAAAGAGAUUAAUUGACAAACGCUAGAGCAGCUAGUUAUAUUUUACGCCAUAUAUUAAUUGGUAUGGUUCCGUAUUUUAUUAUAUGUUUUUAGCUCAAAAAUGCCAGGAUUUUAGCGUUAGUCUUUAUAUUUUUGCAUUCCCUAAGUGUGUAUACCAAAUAUUUUAUUAAGUGCCUUGUUUGUUUUAGAUGUAGAUUUUAACUGAUUUAUCAUAUACAUAUCUUUGUUGUCUUAUUUUACUUUAUAUAGAAUCCUUACUCAUUUCUAGAAACCGUGAUUUUGCUUCUCUGUUAAAUGUUUUACUCUUUGGAUCAUAAAAGGCCGGCUACGGAUGUAGAAUAUAUUUAACCUUGGUUCGGGAAUUUUUAUCAAUAUACUCCAAUACAUUUCUUCCACUUGGGCAUUGCCUUUAAGAUAUUCUGUACCCACUGUUGUUUAUAUUUCAUGCACUGUUAUUGAAUCGAUAAAAUAUGAAAACUUAGACAAAAGUGUAUAUUUAUAUUAUUGGUGUGGUUAUCGACAAAUCUGUAUGAGAUUGUGUUGUGUUAUUUGAAUAAAUACAUUUAUUGUAUAA